UUCCACACCUCAGCUAGUGUACCAGCUACCGUUUACCUAGAGACUAGCUCUCCCCUGUCACACUGCUGAACCAGGCCAUCUACACCCGAGGAACCAUGAGACUACAGCUGCCCAACCCAGGCCUGGAAGACAGGAUCCUGUCCCAUGAGGAGCUGGACAAGCUGGAGACGGAAGAGGCUGGGAGGGGAGACAGGCCCAAAUGGGACAACAAGACCCAAUACAUGCUCACCUGCGUGGGGUUCUGUGUGGGGCUGGGGAACGUAUGGAGAUUCCCUUACCUGUGCCAGAGUCAUGGGGGAGGUGCAUUCAUGAUUCCUUUCCUGAUUCUACUGGUUCUAGAAGGUGUUCCCCUGCUCCAUCUGGAGUUUGCUAUUGGUCAACGUCUAAGGAAAGGCAGUGUAGGUGUCUGGUCUUCCAUCCAUCCAUACUUAGCUGGAGUUGGCAUAGCGUCCAUGUUUGUUUCUUUGAUGAUCAGCCUGUACUACAACACCAUCAUGGCCUGGGUGAUGUGGUACUUAUUUAACUCCUUCCAAGAGACGCUGCCUUGGAGCCAAUGUCCCCUCAAUUACAAUCUAACAGGCCUGGUGUCAGAGUGUGAGCAGAGCUCCCCAGUGGACUUCUUCUGGUACAGAGAGACCCUGAACACCACCACAGACAUUGGUGAGAGGGGUCUGCAGUGGUGGAUGGUGCUGUGUCUGGUCAGUGCCUGGGCCGUGCUCUAUAUUUGCAUCAUCCGAGGCAUCGAGACCACUGGGAAGGCUGUGUAUGUCACCUCAACGCUACCCUACGUAGUGUUGAGCAUUUUCCUGAUCAGAGGUCUGACUUUGAAAGGCUCUUUGAGUGGAGUUGUGUUUCUCUUCACCCCGAACUUGACAGAGCUGACCAACCCAUCUACCUGGCUGGAUGCAGGGGCCCAGGUGUUAUAUUCCUUCUCCAUAGCAUUUGGUGGACUCAUCUCUUUUUCCAGCUACAACUCUGUGCAUAACAACUGUGAACAGGAUGCAGUGACCAUCUCUGCCGUCAAUGGCUUCACCUCCAUCUACGCUGCAACAGUCAUCUACACCAUCAUUGGCUUCAGAGCCACAGAAUUUGACAACUGUCUUGGCGGAAAUAUCCUGGUGCUGCUGAAUACAUUUGAUCUCCCAGAGGGAAACGUCACUGAGAACAACUAUGAUCAGGUUCUCCAGAGUCUCAAUGGAACACAUCCAGAAGUCAUUCAGGAGCUCAACUUGAAGACCUGUGACUUGAACACUUUCCUCAGCGAG